AUUUGAGUAGUUUUUAUCUCUUAAAUGAAUAAAAACAAAAGUUAAAAAAAAAUGAUAAAAAGAUUAUUUAUGAUUAUCAUUUUUUAAAAUUUUAUUUGUUUUAUUUAUCAACAUUGAACAAUUUCAUUUGUUUCCUAAUAAAAUCUAUGAAACAUUUAAACAAUAUAUAGGAAUCAUUUUAAGGACAAAUAUAUCAGUAUAUACAUGUAUAUAAACACACACACACAUACAUACAUACAUACACAUAUAUACACCCAGAGACUAAUAACAACAAUGUUGUCAAAUUUAUCUAAAAAUUGACACCGAAAAAUAAAAUUAUCUCAACAACAAAAAAAAUAUUGAAAAGUUUACUUAAAUAUGAAAGAUUUUAAAACUGAUUAUAAAUUACCAACUAAUUUACCUUAUUCAACAUCAUCUUCAUCUUCAUCCUCAACCUCAUCCUCGUCAACGACAUCAUCAUCGUCAUCAUCAUCGAUAUCAUCAUCUUCAUCACCAUCAUCAGUAAUGUAUAUAAACAAUAAACUAUCAGAUAAUACAUUAAAACAUUCAUUUUAUAUCACUGAUCAUAAUCAAAAUAAUAAUAAUAAUAAUAGUACUACUAAUUGUAAUACCAUUGAACGUAAAUUAAAAACAAGAUUAGAAUCAUUUCCGAAAAUGUAUAGUAUCCAAGAAAAUAUUGAUUAUGAAUUCCGUAUAAAAUUACCAAAAAUCAUUACAAAUUAUCAUAAUAAACAAACAAAAUAUUAUUUAAAUUUAAAUUAUAAUAAAUUUUAUAAAAAACGUAAAACAUUUAAUUUAAUGAAUUAUACAACAUAUAAACCAAUAUUGAAUUAUUCUUAUCAUAAUGAAGAGAAUGAUAUAAAUAAAGGAAAUAAUAAAUUAUCAUUACAACGUUCACUUGUAACUAGUUGUACGAAUACUACUAUUACUACUACAACAACUACUACUACUGCUAAUACUACUUAUAACAAUAAUAGUAAUCAUAAUAAUAAUAAUAAUAAUAAUACAAAUAGUACAUUUUAUAAACGUUCUGAUUAUGGACGAUUUAAACGUAGUAAAGAUUAUGGACCAUCUUUAUCUGAUGUUCCAAUGAAUGUUGAUUUUAAUACAUUAAAUCCAUCAUGUACAUCAAAUCGUUAUCAUAUAUUUAAUUUUGAACAAGUGAAAUAUUUAGAUGAAAUAAUGAAUUCAUUUAUAAGUAUUUCACCAAAACCUUUGUAUCAAAAUUUUUUAGGUACAAAUAAUAUUAUAUCAACAUCAUCAUCAUUAUCAUUAACAACUACAUCAUUACCAACAAUCAUUAGUAAACCAUGUUCAUGUUUCUGUACACAUGAUCCAAUUAUUUAUGAUUUUAUGAAACAAACAUAUACAAAACAUUCAGAUCAUUUAUCAUCUGACUGUUUGAAUAAUUCGACUAAUUUUAAUAAUACGGAAAAUCGUGAUAAUAUUGAUAAAGUAAUCUCUUCAUCCGUUCCAACUACAGUACCAGUAUCAAAAGGAAAUAAUUUAGUAACAUCCAUUCCUGACGCCUCUUCCAAUAGUGAAAUCAAUAACACAAGCAAUGAUAAUAACAUAAAUAAUGCUUAUCAACAUCUAACAAAUGAUUCUUGCUUACCUAAUCAUCACAAUACAAUUUCACAUUCUCCUAUUCCGUUUACAUUACAACAACCACUGAAACUACCAACUAUUCGUACACAAUUAAAGAAACUUAUUAGAACAAUACGCGAUGGAUUACUGAAAGAAUCAAUACCAGUUAAAGAGAUACGCUUAAAUGGUGAAGUUGCAAGUUCUAUUAUUAUUGGUUCAGAAAAUAAACAAACAUUUCAUGAUAUAGAAUUAUUAUUUUAUGUUGAUUUAUCUAAUUCUACAACAUGUACAAAAAUUAAAUCAGUAAUAUAUUCAUGUAUUGAAAAUAUUUUAAAAGAUACAAUUAUUUUAGAAAAUUUAUCAAAUAUUACAAAUCAUUGUAUAUUUUGUUAUCAUUCUACAUUACCAUUGAAUGUAUCAACAAUACAAACAACACAGAAUCCUUUAUCAUCAUCAUCAUCAUCAUCAUCAUCAUCAUCAUCAUCAUCAUCUUUAUCAUAUAAUUGUAAAUAUUGUUCAUAUUAUAAAUUGAAUCCAUUCAAUAUACCGGUUCAUUUAAAUAAAGAAAAUGUAGAAAAUUUAAAUCAACAAAAAAUCAAUAAAAAUCAAUUAUCUAAUUUCUAUUUUCCUAUCAAUCAGUCAUUUAUUCAUCGUCAACCAUUACAUGAAAAUCAAUUCGAUACUAUAUCAUAUAAUAAUAAUAACAUUAUAGAAGAGAAUCCUUCUAAAUAUUCUAUGUUAAAUAAUAAACAAACAAUAAGUAAUAAUAAUAAUAAUGAUUAUUAUAAAUUAAAUCAUUCAUUAUGUCAUCAUCAUUCAUUAUUAUCAUCUAUAGAAUGUCCAAAAUGUUCAACAUGUUCAAGAUUAUUGAAUCCAUUCAAUCAACAUAACAAUAUAAAUUAUAAUAAUAAUAAUAAUAAUAAAAGUAAUAAUAAUAUUAUUAUUAUGAUUAUUAAACAAUAUAUACAAAAAAUAAUACGUAUCUAUAAACCAACAAAUACUACUUAUGAUUCAUGGUUACUAUUUAUUAUUGGUUAUCAUACAAUUAAUAAAUCGAAUGAAAAAAUUAUAAAAAUUAAAUUUAUUGAUCGUAUAUCACGUGAAUAUGAAUUUACAAUUGAUAGUUUUCAUAUAAUAAUUAAUAAUUUAAUAAAAUUUUAUGAUUUAAAAAAAAAUAAAAAAAAUAAAAAAAUAAAAAAAAUCAAUAAAAAUUAUUAUCCAAUUAUAGUAAUUAAAUCAGUAGCAUGUAGUUAUAUAGAAGCAUUAAAACAUUUAAAUAAUAAUAUGAUAGUAAUAUAUAAACCAGAAGAAAUAUAUGGUGGUGGAUUAUUAAAAUAUUGUAAAUUAUUAAUAAAUGGUUAUAAACCAUGUAAAAUGAUUGAUAUAAAAUUAAUGGAAAAAUAUAUGUGUUCAAGAUUUUUUAUUGAUUUUUCAAAUAUAUUAAGUCAAUAUUAUCAAUUAAAUGAUUUUUUAAUGAAUUAUAUAGAAAAUAAUUAUAAAAUAAAAAUAGAUUAUUUAAAUAUCUUAUAUGAAGUUGUUUCACAUUCUACAAUCUGUUUAAUGACACAUGAAAGACAACAAACAUUAUGCUUGAUUCAAAUGUUCUUACGUGAUGUUACUGAGCAAGAAAAACAAAAUAAACAAUCUGUUGUACAUUUGCAAGAAUUCUCGUCAAAAGAUUGGGCAUUAGAUAAAGUAUUUUACGGGACUAAUUACUUUCCUAAACAAUUAUAUUCAAUAAAUGAUCAACAUGAAUUAUAUGAAUUAUACAAUCCUCAAUGUCAAUUUGAAUUCAUGAAUAAUUCAAAAGAUAUAACUGAUCAACAAAAUUCUACAAUUUCUAACUUAUUUCAAUCAAAUAUUGAUUUGAAACAUGUAAACAAAGUGGAAAACACUUCGAAUGUUGAAGAUGAAAAUAAUGAUAAUAAUGAUGCACAAAGUCACAACAACAACAACAACAAUGACACUGAUGACAAUAACAAUGAUCAUAUACAAUUUACAAAUGAAUCACAAACUGAUGUAAACUAUAAUAAUAACAAUAAUUACAUUGAGAAAUCUAUGGAAAAUAAUAAUCACUUACAAAAGACUGUUGACAAUUCAAUUUAUAUAAAGAAAACAAUGAAUGAUAAUGAAAAUAUACAGAACAUUUCACAAAUUCACAAUAAAAUGACAUAUUCAAAUCAGAAACUAUUAUGUAUGAAUAAUUGUGCAUUAUGUAAUCAACAUAUUCAUUCUCAACUCUGUCAUAAUCAUCCUCAUCAACAUGAUAAUAAUAAUUAUUAUUAUCAUAAUCCAUACUGUUAUCAUUAUCAUCAUCAUCAUUCUUGUCAAUUUAAUAAUGAAUUAUAUUAUAUACCACAAAUUGUCACCUAUUUUCCUGCUAAUGAAUAUCUAUUUCCAUUAUCUACAAAUAAGAAUCAAGCAUUUUAUUCAAUGCCACAUAGUACCAUUCCAGACCAUAAUAAUGAUACUACUUGUAAUAUUACUAUUAAUACUACUACUAAUUCUACCAUUACAAAUAAUGGUAAUCAUCCAACAAUAAAUAUUCUAUCCAAUAAACUUCCACAUUAUCAUGCAAAAAUACUUCUACCACAUGAUAAUAGUGUAGAAGCAACAAAUAAUGGCAAUAUACGAUAUUAUGUCGGUGUACCAUGCUCUUAUCCAUCGAAUAUAAUCUGUUCGAAAUAUUCUUCAAAUAAUAUUAAUAAUAAUACUGUACAAACAAGAGAUGAUAUAUUAACUUAUUGUGGUGAACCAUUUAUUUAUUAUACACCAGAUCAAAAUUAUUAUAUUUAUUCCACACCAACAUCAACUAUUACUUCAUCUAUACAAGAAAAUAUUCCUAUAUUGUAAAUUAUUUAUUAAAUUUCCAUCAAAUUUAUGCCAUUCAUAACUUGAUUGAUUUAUACACAAAAAUCUAUCUGUAUGCAUUUCUUUAUAAAUGUGAAUAAAUGAUUGAGAAAGAGAAGGAGAGAGAGAGAGGAAGAGCGAAAGAGAGGAUAAGAGAGGGAGGUAGGAAGUGAGGGAAAUAAAUGUCUAAAAAUUUAAGAUACAAUCAGGCAGCAGUAUUUUAAAAUUUACAUUUUCACAAAAUUAAUUAAUUUAUUUUUGGUUUUUCCAUAUAAAAAGAAGAAAAUAAAAAAAUGAGAAAAAAAGUAUUUGACAUUAUUUUCAAUUCAACUCAUAUACAUAUAUAGAUACUG